UCUCGACUCAGUGACGUUUGAUAAGAUUGACUCGGUGACAUUGACCAUGAGGUACGUACCGGCAUCUUGAUCUCAUGCUCCGGUCCUCCUGGAACUCAUGAGCCGAAGGCGGCGGACAAGGACAUUCUUAUUAGAUCUUGUGCUGCUCUAGCUUAGACUUGCUGUUUGAGACUGUAUCGUAAUUUCAUCUUCUUUUUCCUUUCUCUUCAGUUCAUACAGAGAUACCCCUCAUCAUACACGUCAUGAUGAACUUGAGGCUCCUUCGGCAGCAAUGCCUUCGCACAAAGCCAUCUCUGGCCAGCCGCGUUACCACCAGGACAUUUGCUUCUCAAUCUGAUCUUCUCGGUGCCAACCUCGAGCAAGGCGACCCUGAGAUCCACGCCAUUCUCAAGCGUGAAGAGAAGCGCCAGAACCAUUUCAUCAACCUCAUCCCUUCCGAAAACUUCACUUCGCGAUCCGUUCUCGAUGCCCUAGGCAGUGUUAUGCAAAACAAGUACUCUGAGGGCUACCCCGGCGCGCGAUACUAUGGUGGUAACGAACAUAUCGAUGAGGCAGAGCGUCUAUGCCAAAGACGUGCCCUCGAAACCUUCCGUCUUGACCCUGAGAAAUGGGGUGUCAAUGUUCAGCCCCUUUCUGGAUCACCUGCCAACCUCUACGCCUACUCUGCUAUCCUCAACACCCACGACCGUAUCAUGGGUCUUGACCUUCCCCAUGGAGGUCAUCUCUCACACGGCUACCAAAUCCCCAACAAGAAGAUCUCCAUGGUCUCCAAGUACUACGAGACCUUCCCCUACCGAUUGAACGAGGAGACUGGUCUCAUCGACUACGACAAACUUCGCGAGAACGCUCUUCUGUACCGUCCUAAGGUUAUCGUCGCUGGUACAUCUGCCUACUCCCGCCUGAUCGAUUACGAGCGCAUGCGUGCUAUCGCCGACGAGGCUGGUGCUUACCUUCUGUCUGACAUGGCUCACGUUUCUGGUCUUGUCGCUGCUGGUGUUAUUGGAACACCAUUUGAGGAUUCUGAUAUCGUUACUACCACCACCCACAAGUCCCUUCGUGGACCUCGUGGUGCCAUGAUCUUCUACCGCAAGGGCGUUCGAAGCACAGACAAGAAGGGCAAGCAGAUCAUGUAUGAUCUUGAAGGCCCUAUCAACGCUUCAGUUUUCCCUGGUCACCAGGGUGGUCCUCACAACCACACCAUCACCGCCCUCGCUGUUGCCCUUCGCCAAGCUCAGACACCCGAGUUCAAGCAGUACCAAGAAAAGGUCCUCGAGAACUCACAAGCUCUGGCCAAGCAACUCUCCGAGGGUCUGGGCUACAAGCUCGUCUCAGGCGGUACCGAUAACCACCUCGUCCUCGUUGACCUCAAGCCUAAGGGUGUCGACGGCGCACGCGUCGAACGUGUUCUCGAACUCGUCGGUGUAGCCAGCAACAAGAACACCGUCCCCGGUGACCGCUCCGCCCUCAAGCCCGGUGGUCUUCGUCUCGGAACACCCGCCAUGACAACGCGGGGCUUUAACGGCGAGGACUUCAAGCGCGUGGCUGAUAUUGUGGACCGCGGUGUGCAGAUCACUCUAGCGGUUGAUAAGGACGCCCGCGCCGCUGCUGAGGCCAAGGGUGCUAAGAACCCCGGUACUGUGAAGAACUUUUUGGAGUUCUUGGGUGAUGGAUCUAAUGUCAAGGAGAUUAAGGCGCUACGAGAUGAGGUCGCUGAGUGGGUUGGAGGGUUCCCCCAGCCCUGGCUCAAGUCAUGAUGUUUUUGAUGAAGAGUAAAGAUCGUUUUUGGCGUUUGGAAAAUAGUAUCAUAGCAAAAUUUACAUGAGUUAAAGAGUCUAUUGCAUGAUUCUCAC